CUCCGCUUAGACUAUACAGAUAUCGCGUUCGCAUUCACAAUUUCGUCAAUUUUAUUAAGAGUGUGGAGAAGGGGGAGAAGCUUCGCGAGACGACGCCUGGAUCUUUUCUGCAUAGAUUUUGUGAAUUUCUGUCUGUUCAAAGAUUCAGAUUGGGAGAAAGAGAUGUCAGCUUAUGAAAAUGUUGUUGCUGCCAAGCUGAGGCUGAAGGGAAAAGCUUUGGAUGUGAGGAACGCAGGUAUAAAAAAGAAACGGAAGCACAAAGAGCGAUAUAUCCUAUCGUAUCAUGCUGCUGGCCACGACCAGUUGACAGAUGAAAACAACGCCUUGGUAUCUUCGGACAACACAUAUUGGGAUGGAAAUGGAGGAGAGGACGAGCGCUUGACUCCAGCAGAAAGACGCUACAUGGAACAGCGACAGAAGAUCGAGCUGAAGAGACUUGCGAAGGCUGCUAAGAAGUCUCACCGUGAUCGCAUCGAGGAAUUUAAUCAGUAUUUGGCUAAUCUGAGUGAGCACUAUGACAUCCCCAAAGUAGGGCCUGGCUAACUACUAUGCUUCACCAUUCUGUACUUCAAAACUAAGUUGAUGUACAUUUUUCACAAUCUCCUCAUUCUUAUAACAUAAAGGUUUCAUUAUUCACA